AUGGAAGAGGAUAAGUUAACUCAUAAAGAAAAGAGGAAGGAUAUCGAAAAAUAUACAAAUGAGGGAGAUGGGAAUAUGAACACCAUUUCUUCAAAUAUAAAAGAGGAAGAGAAAGGUUCCUUGAAGGAUGAUAUUAUAAAAUUUUGUGAAGAUAAUUUAAAUAAUGAAAAAGAAAAGAAUAUAAAUAAAAAAAUGGAAGAAAAUGUAGAAAAAGAUUGUUGUCAUAUAAAUAACAGACAAUAUGAUAAUAUAGAAAAUAAUCCAUGUUGUGAAGAAAAAGACCUGAACAAGUCAGAAGAAAAAAAGGAUAUACAGGAAAAUUCUUAUAAUAAUAAUAAUAAUAAUAAUGAAUAUGAGGAAUUUAUAGAUAUGUGGAUAAACUUAAGUUAUACAUCAGUAGAUAAUAUAAAUAUAUGUGAAAAGGUAGAUGACUUAAAUAUAAAUCACAAGGAGAAAGAAAAGGAUAAAACAAAAAUGGAAAAAUUUCGAAGGAGGCAAUUAAUUAAAGAUGAUCCGAAAGAACAAAAUGAUGAUGUAGGGACUAGUGAAGAGAUGGAUAUAAAAGAAGAUGAUAGCGAUAGUUCAAGUAUGGAAGAUGUUAUAAUAAGUAAUGAAGAUGAAGUAACUAUUGAAAGAGAAGGACAAAGAAACAUUUCAAGUGAUUGUAGUACACAACAAUGUUUGGAUAUAUAUAUGAGGGAUGAUCCAAAGUUAUGUCAGGAUAAAGAAGUCGAUAAAAAUGAUAAAGAUGAUAAAGAUGAUAAAGAUGAUAAAGAUGAUAAAGAUGAUAAAGAUGAUAAAGAUGAUAAAGAUGAUAAAGAUGAUAAAGAUGAUAAAGAUGAUAAAGAUGAUAAAGAUGAUAAAGAAAGUGUGAAGAAAAAAAAAAAGAAAAAAAAAGAAAAAAACAAAAAAAACAAAGAUAAAAAUGACAAAAAUGACAAAAAUGACAAAAAUGACAAAAAUGACAAAAAUGACAAAAAUGACAAAAAAGACAAACAAUAUAAACAAAAAAAAGAACAAAAUAUCAAAGGCUUAUUAUGCUUAAAUUCUUUAGAUAAAUCAUUUAUCCAAGUUCCCCUUAAUUGUAUAUUAAACACCUUUCGAAAUAUUCAAAAGGAAAUAGAAAAGAAUUUUAUGAUUAUCACAUUAUUUAUUGAAAAGAAAUUAAAAGAUUUAAGCGAUGAUGUAAGUAUAGAAAAAUUAAAUACCAUGUUAGAAAAAUUACAAGCAUUAAAAAACAAAGUAAAUGAAUCAAAUUUUUUAUUAAAUAAAUAUAUCAAAAGAUUAGUAAGUCGUUUAAAAUAUAUAUAUUUUGAAGGAGAUAUACAAGUUCAAAAUUUAAAAUACGAUUUUCGUUUUCAGAAUUAUGAGAAAAGAAUUAAUUGGUUAAUCAAUGAAUAUUUAUGUAGAUAUGGUUAUUUUGAUACAGUGUCUAUAUUUUGUAAAAGAUAUAAUCUAGAAGAUUAUUCAGAUAAGGAUGUAUAUAAAGAAUAUAUAUAUAUAAUUAAUGAAUUAAUGAAAUAUAAUACACAACCCGCAUUAGAUUAUUGUCAAAAAUAUAAAUCACAACUAAAAAAAAUAGAUUCAAAUAUUGAAUCUGAAUUACAUUUACAAUAUGUAAUUCAUUUAAUAUUUGAUAACAAGUAUUUAGAAGCUAUCGAAUAUAUUAAAAAAACAAUUUCACAGCCACAUGGAUGUUUAGCAUCAGAUUUAAAAUUUUUAAUUACACAUAUAGCACUUCAUAAUAAAAAAAAAAAAAAAUUAAAAAAAUUUAAUGAUAAUAGAUGGAAAAGAGUUAUCAACUUAUUCAAAAAAGUAUAUUCUGAUAUAUCUGGACUCACCACAAAUCCUUUACUUGAACUUUUAAUAAAAGCGGGCAUUUCGGUAAUAAAAACAGAUCAUUGUGGAAGCAAAACGUCUACAAAAUGUCCCACAUGUAUAAAAGAAUUAAAAAAUAUAAUAAACAAGUUACCAAAUAUACAAAAAACCAAAAGCUUCCUGGUAUGCCCAUAUACAAAUGAAGUUAUGGAUGAACAUAAUCCUCCUUUCACCACACCAACAGGAUAUGUUUUUUCUGAGAAAGCUAUUUCUUUGUUUUUGAAAGCUGAGGAAACAUUCGAGUGUCCCAUAACUAAUGAGAAGUAUCGUAUGGAUGAAUUUUCUCGUCUCUUCAUAUGA